AUGGCAUCUUCUGGUAGUGGAGUAUCCAACGCGAGUGACCCGAUGGCCUUUACCUCUGAUGACGAGAUGGCCACCGACUCGGGAGUUUACACCUCAGACACCACAAGCACCGAUGAAGACGAUUUACAGCCAUUUGCCCUACCAAUCUUCGGAGACGAUGUACCCCUAGCUGAUGGCCCACCGGGAGAGGAUCUACCCUUUGUUCCAAUCCCUGCCCCUCUCCCAUUUGCUGCAGUUCCCUUUGAGGAGCAGCCUCUUGACGCGUUACCCGAUGGCAACAUCGAUCUACUCAUCGAGGGUCCCCCGGAGGGAGACCAGGAUGGCGGGGCCCCGAUGGAGGACGAUGUUCCGCUCGCUGAUAUUCCAGUUGUUGACCCCAUUGUUCCUAUGAUUGAGAUUCCUGCUGACGAUGCCCUUGCUGUACCACCUGUCGAGGCUCCCGUUAUGGAGGCCUUACCUGAUCCGUCCGUUUCCUACCCGCUUGACUCUGCAUCAUCCGCUACCAUUCGCGCCCAAGACGUGCAGCGCUACUCCGCAGACACCGAUUCAGACAUGGCAAUGUCUGUGGCACAUGUUGCUUUCCAUGACUUUGACCCAGAGCCUGAGGUCGAGUUUAUACCUGUUGAGCCAGCUCCAGCUGAUCCAGGGCUUGGAGUUGUACCUGAGCCCGUUCUUGCCCUUGACCCUGUUCCUGUCACUGAUGCACCCGUCGUUGCGCCACCAGCUGCGGUGAUCCCAGAGGUAGCACCCAUACCUGACCCCAUGCCGAUUUUUGAUGACCUUGCACCGUUUGCUACCCAUAUUGACCCGAGAUACACUAACACCCAUAAUGGGUGGAUCGAGGAGGAUGACUAUCCUCUGUAUGUGGUCCCAGUCACUCCCACUACCAUACCUAUUACUGUACCACUCGAUGUUCUGUUGUUUCCCCCACCCACAUCUGAUACCCCUCAUACCGAUCUUCCAAUUACUUUUCUUCAGGACAUUCCUCCGCCACGACCUUGGGAGGGAUCGUCGAGACAGCCUUUCGGCCACACCCCAUUUAUGACAGGAGAUAGCCAGUUCAUACCACAUAUUCCUUAUCAUAGUAUUGUCCCACCCGUGUCAUCUACUGCACCCUUCAUGUCUCAGCUUCCCCACACCACUGUACCAGUUACAUUCACCCCACCCACUACUCACCCAGUUUCAGCUCCGAUGGGCGAGCCAUUUCUAUGGUCAUCACCCCAUGUUAUGCCAGUAUCCGACCCUUAUCACCCGUUUCAUGUAAUACUCUAUAGAGGAUACGCUCACGUCACUGCAGUUACAGCAGGACGCCCUGAGACGAUAUGUCCAGGAGUUGGGGAGAGCUCCACACCCUCCAUGCCACUGUCAGACCCCGUUCACAGCACCUCACACUCCUUUUCCAUCAUCCCAUGA